AUGCUCUCUAAUAAGCGAAAAUUGGGUGACAUUGGCCUCGAGAGGCGUGUUCGGGCUCGCAAAUUUGACGAUUCCGAUGUCGAGUAUGAAACCAAGUUUUCCUUUGGCGACCUUCUCAAAGCUCAAAAGGCCCUCAACAAAGAAUCCUCAAAAGAAGCUCGAAGAAGCGUCCGAGGACCCGCGCGGCAAGGACAGCCGCCCCAAAGCCCCCAAACCAACCCGCGAUUCAUCAGCGUCCAAACGAUCCAGCAAGCACGCGCCGACCGAGAUGUCGAGCAAACGGCCAGUCCGCCGCGGAAACGGAUCGGCGUUCGAGGACUCGUCUUCCAAGAUCAAGCGGGGCGACCCGCGCUUCGACCCGUUGGUGGGCCAGUUCGACGAGGCGCAGUUCCGCAGGAACUAUGCCUUUUGGACGAAUACCGCGACAAGGAGAUCAAGGCCCUCAAGGCCGAGAUCAAGAAGACGAGAGACGAUGCCAAGAAGGAGGACCUGAAGAGGCAGGUCAAGUCGAUGGAAGGCAAGCGCGAUUCUCAGAAGCGCAAGGACGAGGAGAGGAGGGUGCUCGAUGAGCACAAGCGCAAGGAGAAGGAACUUGUCAAGCAGGGCAAGCAACCCUUUUACCUCAAGAAGUCGGAGCAGAAGAAGCAGCUGCUCACGCAAAGGUUUGAGAGCAUGAGCAAGGGCCAGGCGGAGAAGACCAUCGUACGCAGGAGGAAGAAGAUAGCCUCUAAGGAUCGGAGGGAGCUGGCCCACAUGGAGCGGGCCGCGGAUGCGAGAGCACGGGGUCGGUGA